AUGGUCGACGCCCUCGACCAGGCACCCGAUGGCCUCAUCGGAGGCUACCACGGCAACAGCCUGACCGUGCGCAUCUUGAUGAUUGUUUUUUCCUCCAUCGCUCUUUACAAUGCCAUUGAGCUCUUUAUUCUAUUGUUUCUCACCUUCCAAUCCUAUCGCGGUCUAUAUUUCUGGACCAUGCUUCUGUCCGUCGUCCUCGGGGUGAUUCCUCAUUCGAUCGGAUAUAUUCUCGAGUUUUUCUCCUUGGCUCCGUUAUGGCUGUCCUUGACCCUAUCGACUAUUGGAUUCUAUGUCAUGGUGCCGGGGCAAUCGGUCGUCCUGUAUUCGCGACUCCAUUUAGUCGUGCAAAGCCGGGCAGUCCUGCGCUUUGUCCUCUGGCUCAUUAUCGUCGAUUCGAUCAUCCUCCUCAUCCCUACCACCAUCCUCACCUUUUCCACCGCCUACGUACAGACCGAUCCGUUUAUCCGGGGAUACAAUGUGAUGGAGCGAUUACAACUGGCCUGGUUCUGUUGCCAGGAGUUUGUCAUCUCCGGAAUCUAUAUCUGGGAGACCGUCAAACUGCUCCAACUAAUGCCCGACAAAGAUCGGCGCCGGACAAGAAUCAUGUACGAGUUGCUCGCUAUCAACUUUGUCAUUAUCUUACUGGACGUCGGCCUAUUAGUGGUCGAGUACAUCGGCUUCUAUUCGCUGCAGACGACUUUGAAACCCAUGGUGUACAGCAUCAAACUGAAACUGGAGUUUGGUGUCCUCGGCAAGCUUGUGUCGCUUGUUCAUACAUCGCGGUCGCAACCGACAUCCUCCGAGCAAGAGGAAUACCCGCAAUUUGUGGACCCGACUCAGCUCACUUCUGACGUUACGCAUGCUGCCCCGAUUGAUCGUGCCCCACGCGGCAUGCCGGCAUGGAAUACUAUCUCCAUGGAAAGUUUGCCCAUGUCCGAACGACGCAUCCGUCCAUCCACACGCUCCAGAGUAUCCAGCGAGAGCACCUGCCCAUCCUGA